GCGGCGUCUGCUUGUCGCUCACACAUGUAAUGUAGCCUGUUAGCCCGUUAGCACCAGCGUAUCUCCACCUCCUGGGAGUCCUGUGUUUAAACUACAACAUCUCUCCGUUUGGUAGAAUCAGCAGCGCCGGUUUCUGCAGCUCUGUGUCGUUUCUCCUCAACUGGGGGUACGUUUUCUUCAUUUGCUUGCAACAGUAGCAGCUAGCUGUCAGUGCUAACACAAACUAGAGGCUCUCCCCUUUUGUUUUUCUUCAGCUUCCACAUGAUUAGCUUCUGACUACAGGAUCAUGAAGGCAAAUAAAAACACGCAUGCAAAGGGAAAAUCUCAGAAGUGGAAGGAUGUGAGAGGAAAACGAUGCAGGCCUCCCAUCAGCUCCUCCGACCUCGGCUCCACUCCUGUGGUGUCGACGGUGGUAAAGGAACAGCAGCAGUCAAGAAAGAAGAAACAAAAUGUCAAGAGACUGAAAAGUAAAGUCAAACCAGUCUCUGACAACAAGAUAAACACGCCUGAGUCUGGCUUUAAGAAAUCAUACCCUCAGGCUAAUGGGAGUUCGGCGUUUACCUUGGACAAUGAGUCAGACGACUCUCAGGACUGGAAGGAGUACUCGCACUCAGCUUAUGGGAACGGUGUCAAAACCUCAGAUGACACGCAGGACGUCCAGCCGGGAAGACUUGAAGGAGAGGCUCUGCACCACUGUGCUCAGAGAGACGACAGACAGAACCGGGCAGUGCUGAUCAUGCAGCUGGGCCAGACCCUGUGUUUCCGCGGCAAGUGUUUAGUGACCUGUCUGUACGGUCGAGUAGAAGUGAUGGGAUUCACUAUCGAAGAGGGCCAGCAGCCGUAUCCGCUCUUCUCCCCGGCGUCACAUUCUCCACUCACCAUCAGAUCUAUGCAGAACCCAGACGACACCAGAGACGACAGAACAGAAGCUUCAGUCAUUCUCCAGCAGUAUCUCUCUGCAGCGUCACGGAAGAAGCUGCUGAAGAAGGUCCGAUCCAACACCUCCAUCAUCCUGCUGGAGCCCAUGGAGACGCCGCUCACACGCUUCCUGUCCAGCUUCACCGAGCUCAGUGAGCUGUUCAGCACACCCGCCAGCGAGCUCAUGUCCGCUGUUCUCGACACUCCUCUCAACGGUUUGGGCAUGAUUCCCCUGGACUGCACCGUCGAGGGCAUGAAAAUAUCCAAGAGCUGCAGAGAUGCUCUGCAAGCAGUGGUCAGUGCCUGGAAAGGAGAAAUGGAGGGCUCUGCAGUUAUCCUCGUCUGUGGGGCGAAAAACGUGGGCAAGUCCACAUUCAUCCGCAUCCUCAUCAACACCUUAUUAAAUCACACUACCAGCGUGGACUACCUGGAGGGCGACCUCGGCCAGACUGAGUUCACGCCCGCCGGCUGCCUGUCUUUAACCUCUGUCAAAGAGCCGCUGCUAGGUCCUCCUUUCACACACCAGCACAGCCCGGAGCACAUGGUCUACUACGGACAGUCGUCGUGCGAGUCGGACCUGGACCGCUACCUGGAGUCUCUCAAGUCGCUGUGGCGCCGGCGCUCCCAGAGCAGAGAUGCGGCCGUGGUCAUCAACACCAUGGGAUGGGUGAAAGGAUUCGGUUUCCAGCUGCUGGUCGACAUGAUCCGCUUCUUCCCCGUCUCGCACGUGCUGCAGCUCAGCCACGGCGGCGUCAAUCAGUUCCCCGCCCUCACUCCGGAGUUCCUGAGGACGGCCCACGGCUACCAGACGCACCCGCCCGCCCAGACCGCUCUGGACGAGUUCACGGAGAGCCACAGUCCGCCCAGGAGCUACAGUCACCUGGUGGUGCAGUCGGAGUUUCAAGGAGCGGGGCGCCAGGGAACAGCGAGACACCAGCGAACCAAUGAGCUGAGAGAGCUGUCUCUGCUGGGUUACCUCAGCCAGCUGCAGUCAUCGGACUCCGGGCCGGUCAGACCGCUGCACAGCCUCACUCCAUACCAGGUGCCUCACACGGCGGUGGCGUUGGGGGUGGUCCACUGCGACGUGGUGCCAAGUCACAUGUUCUACGCCGCCAACGCCAGCCUGGUGGGACUCUGCUGCCUGGCGGAGAAAGUGUCGAGCCGAGGAGGUCCGGUCCUGCUGUCCCAGGCUCCCAUCUGUCCCUGCGUGGGCUUCGGCGUCCUUCGAGGCAUCGACAUGGCACGAGGCCUGUACCUCGUGCUGACUCCAGUAGAUCCGUCCGUCCUGCGGAAAGUCAACUGUCUCCUCCUCGGAGGAAUUUCGCUGCCUUCGUGCAUCCUCACAAAACAGCCCGGUAUUGAAGGGGAGAUGCCCUACGUCACGUCAGACUACAGCUUCGAGCUCACCGGUGCAGGGAAGCUGCGAACCUUCAAGGGACUGAUCAGGCCGGGUCACUUAGGAGCACAGUGACCAAUCGCUUCAGCACACCUUCACAUUUCAUGACGUUAACAGUUUACACAAACCCAGCGGGCUCCGGCUUGUCGCGCCGGGAUGCACCGAGGCUGCGCAGCAGGAGGCGGCCGCAGCGCACAGCACUCACAGGACCUUGUUUUGAAGUGAUCCUGCAGGCGGCGAAGGAGAUCGCACGGCCCCUCGUAUAACGCAGCCUCGUGUAGUUACAGCUGUUGUUCCAAGCCUUUUUUCUUUUGCUGGUCACAUUCCAAAAGUAAGUACCUGCCAGAUAUUAAACACAUAUUUUUCCUCAGACUUUGUGCUUCUUCUUGCCUUCACACGUUUCUCAUACCAGCAUCACCGCUGGUUGUUGCAGCUGAUUGUCCUUAUUGUUGAUCUUUGUAUCAUGACACAAGAGUGCAGGACAGAGGUAAUAAAUUCAGUGAGUUAUUUUUCUUUUCUGUUCAUCUUGGUCAGUAUUGUUUGUAUGCCAGUCGAAGGUUUCACUGAAAUGCUUUUUACUGUUUUACAUCUGUCAGAGAAACACAUGUCACUGCACCUGAAGGUCAUUUUGAUAAGCUCUCUUGGUGUUUUUUGUUUUGUAGACCUGUGUGCCAGAGAAAGGAUGAAAAUAAACAAAAAUAAAAGUC